UCGUUAGUCAGUCAGUGGCCACUAUCAUUAAUCGAAGCGUUGAUUGAAGUACUUCAAUGAACGAUCGAAGUUAGAAAAUUUCUAAUUAGGCAAAGACCAAAUUUUCACAGGAUAAAGAAAAUUUAGGAAAGUGCUGACAUCUCUUUAAGGUGAAGGAGAACCAAAUUGUAAAUAAUUUGAUUGUCAAUUUGACAACCUUAUUUUAAACCAAUUAAUUUAUGAAUAUGUAAAAAUGUCAGUUUAGUCCCAAGGAAAUUGAGCUAAAAUUACAGAAAAAACAAACUACAACCAUAUUUCAAGGAUAUAUAAUAUUAUGACGACUGAGCAAAAAUUUGAAGCUGCGGUGAACGUAAUACGAAGUUUGCCGAAAAAUGGAUCAUAUCAACCAAGCAAUGACUUGCUCCUUAGAUUUUAUGCAUUUUAUAAACAAGCAACCGAAGGGCCAUGUUUAGGAGCAAGACCUGCUUUUUGGGACAUUGUAAAUAGAGCAAAAUAUGACGCUUGGAAACGUUUAGGCAACAUGUCAAGAACUGAGGCAAUGGUCAAAUAUAUAGAUGAGUUACAUUCCAUUGUAGAAACUUUGAGUUAUUCUGAUAAAGUAGCCAAUUUUUUGGAGGCUUCAUCGAAUGAAUUAGAGUCCAUCAGUAUGAGUGACUUGGAAUUAAUUGCUGGAGAUGUUUUACAGAGGGUGCGGUCUCAAACCAACUCGCCAAUAUCUUCUAGAGAUGCUUCACCCACUCAUAUUAGCUCUAGGCCUGAAUCUCCAAAUUCCAACCAUAUUUUCGCAGACGAUGAGUCAGAUGAAGAGUAUAUUGAUACUAUUGAGGCUCCCGAACCAAGAAGAAUAGCCAAGGAAUCUUUAUAUUAUGAGCCGAAUAUGAAUGGCAUUUUACAGAAAGAACAUGUCUCAAGAAGUCGUACGAAAGUGCAAAAUAUAGAUAUUUCACUUGAAGUUUCGAAAGCUGUCCAAAGUUUACAAUUAGACAUUGAGAGUCUGAGACAUAAAGUACAGAUUUUAGAAAAGGAUAGAUCAGCAGUUGCAACGAAGAAUAAACACAUGUUUGGGGAAUUUUCUCCUGCACUAGUCACAUUUAUUGUGGUUUGGCCAUUUCUAUGUACAAUUGUAAUGAAUAGAUUUCUGCGAAAUAAAUAAUUCACUCAAUUUACUCUAUGGGUUUUUAUGGAAUAUACUGUAAAUGUUAUAUUAUAUUUGGUUAAUGUAUCUGUUAUUUGUUAAAUGAAUUUUAAUAUGGUUUGGAAAUAAAAUAAAUGGCGAAAAA